UUGAGAAGUUGCGUAUUUUGAUUGUGUUUCUUUGUUCAAUGAGUUUGCUUUUUGCCAUAAUUGUGAUGGUUGAAUUUCAGAUGUCAAUUUCCUUGUGUUUUGUUCAGUUUUGGAUUUAUUUUUUCCUUUUUUGCUUUUUUGAAAUUCUGGGGGUAUGUGAUUUGGUGGUGUCUAUUUUAUAUGCUUCCAUGAUGAUGUAUGACAUUCUAUAAGCAACAAUCUCCAUCUUACUGUAUUUCAUAAUUCUGAUUUUUAUUAAAUUGAAAGCAUCUCUGUUUUAGGAAAUGUUAGAAGUCCAUCAUAUUGGUAUAAGGUUGAUGUGUGGAGAAUAUGAUGGCUGAUAGCCAUCCUACUCUGGGCCUUGGAAGAAAGAAGUUGAAAUGCUAUAUGUAGUUUCAUUUAUAAGUAUUUGAAUUUUCUCUUUUAAUUACUCAACUUUGAUUGUUGAGCCCAACUGAAAACGCAUGUCACUGAAGAAGCUCUUGGUUUUUCAUGCUUUUAAAUCUGGAGGAGACAAGAAAAAGACUUAGCUGCUAGUUCUAUACGGUUGUAAUUAGUGAGGGAAACUUGAGAGGUUUCCACUAAUGCAGUCGUUACGUACGGAGCAUGUUGUAUGCUUCAAUAUCAUAGACAGAAAGAGACAUGGGCAUCAUACUGAGUAAGAAUUAUACGGUAACUGAUGUUGAAAGCAAGGACUUGAGUUGCUACAUAAAUGUGGAUAUCAACAUUUGUGGUAACAUAAGAUGUAACAAUGCUUCUCAAAUGCUCAAAUGGGUAUUCUGUCAAUGCUAUGUAUAUAUUCCUUUACUUCUACAAAUUCCUAUUACUGCUAUUGAGUACUGGAAAUCUCUCAAUUAAGUGGUUACUCUUAAAAUAGGAAUUUUUGGGCCAUAAUGAUGUGGACUUGUGGAUAUUGAGCUACUUAGACAUGAUUUUUUCAUAGAAUAAAACGGCUCUGAAGCUAUUGAGCGAAGCAUAGAAUGCGGUUAGUUAAUAACUGGAUCAAUUUUCAAAAGGCUAUAAUUUGUAGUUCAUCAUUUUUCGCUAAACUCUUUGCAUAAUCCUUGAAUUCUUUACAUACUUUUCCAUAAGUGUCCAGGUGCAGUUAAGUAAGAGUGUAAGACUAUGAGAAGAAAAGUUUGGAGAGUCCCUCCUUUCAUUCAUGUUUAGGAGCCUCUGAGAAGUGCAAUAAUAGACUCCUGCAUUCGUGUCGUAGACAAUGGAAGAGGGAACCAUCAUAAGAGAUUAUUUUUUGUUUUCACGCUAUACAACACUUCUAAUCAUAAUGAUACACUGAAGCUUGCGGCAACCAGCUCAGAAGAAGCUGCUAAGUGGAUACAUUCUUUACAGGCUGCUGCAGACCCAGGAAAUAAUUUGAUGUCUUGUUCCAGACGAAAAUAUCAGCCCUUUAGCUUAACUGUUUCAAGGAGAGAGGCAAAAGCAUGUAUUGAUUGGAGUUCACUAUCUUCAUGGCAUGUGGAUGCAAUGACCUCCGAUGUAAUAGCAGCUUCACCAUGGAAAAUAUUUGGCUCUCAACAUGGACUACGUCUCUUCAAAGAAGCGAAAGACGAAGAUCCAAAUGGGAAGCAUUGGGAUGAUCAUCCAGCCAUAAUGGCAAUCGGAGCCAUCGAUGGAACUUCAGAAGCUGUUUUCCAUACCCUUAUGUCUCUUGGUACUUCAAGAACAGAAUGGGAUUUUUGUUUCUACAAGGGUACUGUGGUUGAGCACCUCGAUGGCCAUACUGAUAUAAUACACGUUCAACUGUAUAACCAUUGGCUACCAUGGGCAACGAAACGAAGAGACUUUCUCCUGCGACGUUAUUGGAGAAGAGAAGAUGAUGGCACAUACGUGAUUCUGUACCAUUCCGUGGUCCACAAAAAGUGUCCACCCCAAAGUGGAUAUGUUCGUGCUUGCCUUAAAAGUGGUGGAUAUGUGAUAACUCCAAUCAAGCAAGGUAGAGAAUGUGUCAUAAAGCACAUGCUCGCUGUUGAUUGGAAGUUCUGGAGAUCCUAUUUGAGAAAAGCGUCGGCGAGAUCUAUUACUAUCCAAAUGCUUGGAAGAGUUGCAGCCUUAAGUGAGAUGUUCAGAGCGAAAGCAGGAAAUUUAAGCCAUGGUUUUUUAUCGGGAGACCUGCCAAUGGAUAUUGGUAUCCCUGAGAGUGAAAAGGAGGAGAUCAAAACAGAAGUCAGCCUGAAUAGGAUACAGAAGAAAACAAGCAACGAGACUCCGCGACAGCGUUCAGGAGCUUCCAGUCUCGUAGGUCUAAACGAUGCAGAUGAAUUUUUUGAUGUUCCUGAACCUGCAGAUGAUGAUCUAUUAGAGAACGGAUGGUCGUUAAACACAGUUCCAGAAUCAUGUUAUGUGGACAAGUACCAGCCAAAAUUAUCAUCAGCUGCCAGCUUAGUGAAAAAAUUGCAGGGUCUUGCAGUCCAGAAAAAGGGUUAUGUUGACUUGCAAGGAAUAUCUUGGGAAGAAAGUGUGUUAAGCUGUUAUGGCUCCACACUGCCGAAAGAUACAACUUUUAACACCCCCUGUAGUUGGUCGGCAUCCGAUCCUUCCUCGUUCCUUAUCCGUGGUGCUAAUUAUCUAGAAGACCACCAAAAGAUCACAGCGAAAGGCACUUUGAUGCAGAUGGUUGCAGCUGACUGGCUAAGAUCUGACAAGCGUGAAGAUGAUCUCGCUGGCCGAUCUGGAAGCAUUGUUCAGAAAUAUGCAGCAAGGGGAGGACCAGAGUUCUUUUUCAUCAUUAACAUACAGGUUCCUGGCUCAAUCACAUACAAUUUGGCCCUAUACUACAUGUUGAAAACUCCCUUACACGAAACACCUCUGUUGGAGCGUUUUGUCAAUGGAGACAAUGCAUUUCGAAAUUCAAGGUUCAAGCUCAUACCGUACAUCUCCAAGGGGUCUUGGAUAGUAAAACAGAGUGUCGGAAGGAAAGCUUGCUUGGUAGGUCAAGCGCUCGAAAUCAACUAUUUCCGAGGAACAAACUACUUGGAGCUUGGUGUCGACAUUGGAUCAUCAACAGUGGCAAGGGGUGUCGUAAGCUUGGUUCUUGGAUACCUCAACAAUCUUGUUAUCGAAAUGGCGUUCUUGAUACAGGGAAAUACGCCCGAAGAGCUGCCGGAGUUCCUUCUUGGAACAUGUCGGCUUAACCACCUGGACGCAGCGAAGGCUGUCUCGACCGACUCGGUCCGCAUCGGAUAAGAGAAAAUAGAUACAAGUAUGAGCAAUCAUAGAGCUAAGCUCAAAUAAGAGAGAGCCUCAGACUGAUUCAUGAACACUGUAUAGUUGUAAUUCUUUUCUCUGGAUCCAAUCAGUUUGAGGGCAUUUGAGUAGUAUUUAUUACAUAGCUUUAGAAAUUAUGCAGUAGUGUUCUCCCCCACUAGCAGUAUUCUUUGUGACAUGUAGUUCUUUGUCACACAAUCAAGUCAAUAGUUGUUCUAACUACACUCUGACUCGAGAGAAUUAAUGUAGUUAGAGAUUUGAAAUCC